AUCUAUCGAAUAAAUUCAUGAAAGAUUGGUUACAAAGUCCGGACAAAAUCCCUGAACGUCAUCAACUUGCAUAUUUUCUUAAUGAGAUACCAAAUGUGAAAAUCCCUCUUUUCAAGGAAUUGUUCUCUUUAAUUCCAGUUGUUGGACCAUUCAGUGUAGACCCAACAGAACGUGACAAAUAUUUUACAGAAAGCAAAUCAGAGAGUUGUACCGCAUUUUUUGCUGAGUUAAUAUCAAGUUUAAUUAACACUCCUCCAACAGGAAGAACAGAAGAUUCAUUUCAUUCCUUUUGGGAUGCUAUUAUCAGCAAGUCAUUACAAGUAUUUGGAAAAUAUUCUAAUGAAAUGCCAAUAAUGGAUUUUGAUCGUAAUACUUUUAGAAAUACCACCACAGGUCAGAAUCGACCAGAUUUUGUCUUAUUAAUGAGAAACAUAUGUAUUGUUCGUGGAGAGGAGAAAGGAGAAGGUGGGAAUGGAGAACCUGCUAAAGAAUUAAUUGAUAAAUUUAAUACUUGGGAUUAUGGAGACACUCCAUAUCUUUUCGGAUACUAUGCAAAUACUACUGCUGUUACCUUUUGUGUUCUUUAUAAUCGUGAAAAGGAACCUACUAAUAUUAAUAGUCGAAAGAGAAAACAUCCAAACAUUUGUAGUGAGAGACUUGCAGAAUUUGAUUUAAACAAAUUAACACAUAGAUUCAAGUUGAUGAAUUUAAUCAGAAAUAUAUGUUGCAUACUACCUAUGAUAAUUAACAUGUGUCCAUCAAGAGAAUCACCAGAUUUUGAAAUCAUAAUGCGUGAUAAUGGAACUAAUAUUGAAAUUGGCUAUGGUAUUAAAAAAACAUUCCUUUCAGAAAUUAAAGUUAAACAUCUAGAAAAUUUUUAUGGAUUGAUGAGUAAUUACAAGAUUAAAUGUGUUGAUAAAUUAAUUCGUUCUCAUGACAAUGUUGUUCACUUGGAACCAAGGGGAAAGGAGAAGAAACCAAAAGAUCUUAAUGAAUUACUAAGAGCUUUGAUCUGUAUAUUAACUUGUUUAGAGGGUUUGCAUAGCAUUAAACCUAAUCCAGUUAUGCAUAGAGAUAUACGAUGGCCAAAUAUUAUACAAUAUGAAAAUCAAUAUAUUUUGAUUGAUUUUGAUUUUGCCAACUUUUCUCCUUCAAGUGAGAAUUUACAGGACUUAAACCCAGAUAAUCAUGCUCCUGAAAUGUUAAUAGGAGUACAUAAUGUAACAGUUGAUAUCUGGGGUGUUGGAUAUUUGGUUGUUUCAAGUGGUAUUAAUGGAUUGCCUGAAGAACUUUUAUCACUUUCACAAUUAAUGCGUCAAGAGAAUAUAAAUAUACGACCAAAUGCAUCUGAUACACUUAAAAUUGUCAAAGGUUUUUUUGAGAAG